AAGCAAAUCUUAUUGCUUCAUCUGAACUCUGAAGAUAAUCAGAGAGACAGAGACUACAAGCUCAACUCAACCAUCUUCUCUACUCUCUCUGCCACACCAACCGCCAUGUCAACGAAGGAUUGUGGACUGCAUCGCCAAAACAAGCGGCGGAUGAUGUUCCGCCGCUGUUGCGCUGGCCUCCUAAUCUUCAACUUCAUCCUCCUCGUCACAAUCCUCAUCGUGUGGGCCGUCCUCCAGCCCUCCAAGCCCCGCUUCGUCCUCCAAGACGUCACCGUCUUCAACUUCAACACCUCCGCCUCCAAUGUCUUCUCCUCCAGCUUCCAGGUCACCAUCUCCUCCCGAAACCCGAACGACAAGAUCGGCAUCUACUACGACAGGCUCAACGUCUACGCGACCUACCGUGCGCAGCAGAUCACGUUCCCGACGCUCAUCCCGCCGGUAUACCAAGGCCACAAGGACGUCAACAUCUGGUCGCCGUUCAUCUACGGCACCGACGUCCCCAUCGCUCCGUACAACUCCAUCGCUCUGGGCCAGGACCAGAAUGCCGGGUCGGUUCUUUUGCUCAUCAAGAUGGACGGCCGGGUCAGGUGGAAGGUCGGCACCUUCAUCUCCGGUCGGUACCAUUUGUACAUCCGGUGCCCCGCUUUUAUCGCUCUGGGUUCCAGGACCACCGGAGUUGAGGUCGGUAACAACGCCGUCAAGUACCAGCUGGUGCAGCGCUGCAAAGUGACCGUAUGAAGAAAUUGGAGGCAAAACUGAUGUGCCGUUAAUUAUUGGUUUAACGCCGGUGGCUGAGUACCUUUUUCUCUCCUUUUUAUUUUUAUUUUUAGCUUCUGAAUAUCUGUCUUUCUCGAAUAUCUUUUUCAUGUAUAUUUUGCUAUAGAAUAAAUAUGGAGGAUGUUAUGAUAUAGACGUAUAGCAAAAUUGCAGUCGGUGGUAAUUGAAUUAUAAGUUGUAUAAUUAUAUAGUUUUAUUAAAUAUCAUAUGAAAUCAAUAAUUAUGCA